UGCAGUCAAUACUGAUUGUAAUCUAUUUAACCAAUAAAACGUUUUCCUGAUUGUUAACUUAUAUAUUAAUAUGAGCGCAAACAACAAGCAAGAAAAUUAACUUAAUCAUUGAUUGACAAUGUUGAUUAUUUAACUUUUAAUUUAAAGGUCAAACAAAUUAAAAGUUAUUCAUCUACGCGAAGGUCAUUGAAAUGAUGACCAGAGAGAGAGAGAGAGAGAGAGAGAGAGAGAGAGAGAGAGAGAAAUGAAACUUGACCAUAUCUUUGUUGAAUCUUUGAUUUAUUUAUAUUCCGCUUAUCGUAUUGGUCAGUUUAGUAUUAUUUCAGCUGACCAUUUGACUUCCGCCUUCUAGUGUAUAUGUAACUGGGAAAGUUGAAAAUACUGUCCAGUUUAUCCUUGACCUUUAGUGGUCAGUUUACAAAAUGAUCAUCAAUAUGUUACAAGAAUUUACUUUGAUUGUUUUCUUAUUAUUUUCCUCAUCAACUGGACAUGUAUUCAGACUUGGUGAUUGUCCAGAAGUUGAAGUUAUGCCAAAUUUUAAAAUGGACAAGUUUCUUGGUAAAUGGUUUGUAUUGCAAAAGUUUCGGACAAUGAGUAAUUGUAUGGUGGAGGAGAUAAGUAAAGAUGACCAAGGUGAUUAUCAUAUUAGUGAGUAUCUUGCCCCAUUAGGAUUUGAAAUACAUCAACAGGGUAAAGUUGAAAUUUCACCAAACAAUUCAAAGUCAAUGAUGAGAAUUGAUUAUCCAAUCACCAGUCCUUUAGGUCAUCAAAAUUAUUGGAUAAUUGAUACUGAUUAUAAAUCAUUUGCUGCUGUUUGGUCUUGUCAGAAAUUAUUGUUCGGACAUCGACAAUCAGCCCAGAUAAUGAGUCGAACCACUGACCUUCCAUUGGAUAAGAUUAGACAAUUAAGGCAACAAUUUGAAUCAUUUGGUAUCAAUCAGCAUGAUUUAAGUUUCAUUGAUCAGAAAAAUUGUAAUUUAAACAAUCAAACCAAAAGAUCCGAUGAAAUUGAUUGUGAUCGUCCACCAAUUAAAAGUUCAAAUUUAGCAAUUAAACUUGGACCAGUUCAUAUAUUGACCAAACGACGACGGAGACGUUGAUCAAUUUACCAAACAAUUUACUUAACAACAAUUAACUUUUGUUCAAGAAGGAGAAACAAAUUUCUUUUUAACAACAAUUGAUUCACUUAAUAAUAAAUUAGUUAAUUUAACUGUAACGUAAUAUACUUACAACUAGAAUCAUCAUAAUUAAUGUAACUUCAUGAAUGAUUUUGUAAAAUCUCAAGGUGAUUUAAAUCAGCAACAAUCAACCCUGAUCAGGAAUUAAAGUAAAUCAUGAUUAGGUUUCUGUGUCUGAAUAAAUACAAUUAGUGGAAAUUGAUAAUGAUAAAAAUUAUUUUGUUUUGUAAACAA